GCAGGCAGGAGAAGGGGCGAGUGGUGGUGGGCACGGGGCUGCCACAGCCGUGGUUGGUGAGAUAUGGUGGCCACACAGGCACUCCUUACCUGGCCUGGCAGGGGAUUUACAGUUUGCAUUUCGUAACGGGGAAGAGUGGAUGGGCCCCGGCCUGCCCCAGCUGAGCCGGUGACAUGCGCUGGGGCCUUGGUGCUUCGUGUUGAUUCAGCAAGACACGAGCCAGUCCAACUGCCCCGGGGUGUCUGAUGGAGGUGACAUCACCAACUGGGAACCAGCUGGACCAGUGCCACGCUCCCAGGCUGGGGAAGCACUCACAGACUGGGCUGUGCUGGGAUCUCUCUGGGGCUGCUCCACUGUGCACUCCCCAUGCCUUGGGAAAUGCUCAGCUGGCCGUGGGGAGGGAAGAGGAACUGCCUUCAGCUGCUCAUGCUCCAGAAAAUCACCCAGUGGGACUGAGAAUCCCACAGCCAGGACACACAGGGUGCCAUGAGGGUGAUCCGUGUCCUGUGUCGGUCCUGGAGUGUCUCCCUGCCACCUCGUGGGGCUGGGCUGUGCCCAUCCCAGUGUCUCCCUGUGCCCAGGAUCCCCAGGGACUCAUGGCCUCGGCACAUAACGGGACAGGAUGGGCAGGAGGUUGGUGGAUGCCCUGGGACCACCCCCAGGUGCCAGCUGAGCAUCAGAGGUGCCAGGCUGGGGCAGGACAGCACUGCCCUUCACACCCGAGGCCAGGAGAACUUUCCCUUCCCUUGUGGGCCAGAGAUGCUGCUGGCCCUGGCAGCUGGUCUCCAUUUGGGAGGAGGCAUCCACAUUCCUGGCAUAGCCGCGGUGACCGAGGAAUCCGGAGGAAUCCGGAGGAAUCUGUGGUGGAGGCUGGGCCUGGACAGAAGGGAAGGGGAGAGCAUCUGUCGCCAGGACCCCUGGGGCUCAGAGCUGAGCUCCCACGGGCUCCAGCGGACAGGGAGAGAGAAAUCUGGGGGGUUACAUCCCCCUUCUCUCGCUUUUGGAAUGGUUCAGAAGCUCGCCCAGAAGUAUGACCCACAGAAGGAGGCCGAGCUGCGGACGUGGAUCGAGAGCGUGACAGGAGAACAGAUCGGGCCUGACUUCCAGAGGGGGCUGAAGGAUGGGGUGAUCCUCUGCGAGCUCAUGAACAAGCUGCAGCCCAACGCGGUGAGGAAGAUCAACCGCUCGGCUCAGAACUGGCACCAGCUUGAGAACCUCUCCAACUUCAUCAAGGCCAUGGCCAGCUACGGCAUGAACCCCGUGGACCUCUUCGAAGCCAACGACCUUUUUGAGAGCGGGAACCUGACCCAGGUGCAGGUGUCGCUGCUGGCGCUGGCAGGAAUGGCCAAGACCAAGGGGCUGCAGAGCGGGGUGGACAUCGGCGUUAAGUACUCGGAGAAGCAGCAGAGGAAUUUCGACGAGACCAAGAUGAAGGCUGGGCAGUGCGUGAUCGGGCUGCAGAUGGGCACGAACAAGUGUGCCAGCCAGUCCGGCAUGACGGCCUACGGCACCCGGAGGCACCUCUACGAUCCCAAAAAUCAGAUCCUGCCACCCAUGGACCACUCCACCAUCAGCCUCCAGAUGGGCACUAACAAAUGUGCCAGUCAGGUGGGCAUGACGGCUCCCGGCACCAGGAGACACAUCUACGACGCCAAGACGGGGACGGAGAAGUGUGACAACUCCUCCAUGUCGCUGCAGAUGGGCUCCAACCAGGGCGCCAACCAGAGCGGGCAGGUCUUCGGCCUCGGCCGCCAGAUCUACGACCCCAAGUACUGCCCCCAGGGCAGCCAGGCCGAGGUGGCCAAUGCCACAGGGGACCCGCCCGGGUGCCACUGCUACCCUGAGGAGGAGGAGAGCUACUGAGCGGGGAGGCACAGCCCCACCCGCACCAUCUCAUGUACAGCCCCACUGCCAGCCACAUUCCAGCCUCCACUUUCGUCGGUCCCUCUUUUAAAACUCUUUUUUUUUUUGACUUUGGGAAUUAAUCUAUUUUUCUGAGCGAGGAAAUAAAGAGCCUGUUUCUAGA